CGGAGAGUUACACUUCGUCCUCGUUUAAGCCGCGUGUGCGUCUUGAAGGCAACAAAGUGUGACGUUUGACUCGGCCGUCUCCCCCAAACAGAUGUGGAUACACCGCUCGGGAGCUGGCCAGCUGACGUGAAGGGGAGGGCAGAGGAUCCCAGUUCGGCCUGAGUGUGGAUGACCUGCCCCCGGAAACAGGACCAUGAUCUGAAGAGGGCGCAGCGCACCGAACCCCGUUAUUCCUCUCCUCCUUCUCCCUCUUUUUUUUCUUUCUUUUUUUUUUUUAAUCUACGGGGUGACAACCUCCCUGCUCGGCCGCUUCAAACGGAGUGGGUGUGCACGUAGAGGACAAACCGAGAGACUUUAGGAGAAGGGAAGAAAUACGACGACAGUCAUCUGUGACCUCUGACCUUGCCACUUCCCCUGCUCCUCCCACCGCAACACCGGAAACAUGGGGAGGAAAAAGAUUCAGAUUCAGAGGAUCACAGACGAACGCAACAGACAGGUGACGUUCACCAAGCGGAAGUUCGGUCUGAUGAAGAAGGCGUACGAGCUGAGUGUCCUGUGCGACUGUGAGAUCGCCCUCAUCAUAUUCAACCACUCCAACAAGCUGUUCCAGUACGCCAGCACCGACAUGGACAAGGUCCUGCUCAAGUACACCGAGUACAACGAGCCACAUGAGAGCCGGACCAACGCGGACAUCAUCGAGACGUUGCGAAAGAAAGGCUUUAACGGCUGCAACAGCCCCGAGCCCGACGGCGACGACUCCAUCGACCAAAGCCCGCUAAAUGACGACAAGUACCGCAAGACCGAGGACCUGGACAGCCUCUUCAAACGCUACGGCGCUCUGAACAAGAAAGAGCACCGGGACUCUGAGAGCCCAGACCCCGAGGAGCCCUUCUCCCUCACCCCCCGCACUGAGGAGAAAUACAAAAAAAUUGACGAGGAGUUUGAUAAAAUGAUGCAGAACUAUAGGCUGUCAGUGAGUACCCCCCCUCUGUGUAACACCGCCCCCUCCUCAUCUAACGGCUACAUCAGUGCCAGGGCCUCGCCGGGCCUCCUCUCCGUAUCCAACGGCAACAGCCUGGGGAAAGUAGUCCCAGCUAAGUCUCCGCCUCCGCCCAGCCCUCAGAUGGUCAACAGCCGCAAGCCGGACCUGAGGGUCAUCACCUCGCAGAGCGGCAAGAGCCUCAUGCAGCUGACAGAGGAAGAGCUGGAGUUGAAUGCUCAGCGGCUAGGCGGAUCCCAGGUGGCACAGCCGCUCACCACGCCAGUGGUCUCCGUGGCAACACCCAGUCUCCUAGCGCCCUUCUCCGGCAUGCAGACGGCCUACAACACUGAGUACCAGCUGACGAGUGCGGAUCUCACAGCGCUCCAGACGUUCACACCACCGGGGCUGGUGCCUGGCAACAUGGCUGCCUGGCAACAGCAACAGCAACCAGCAGUCUCUCAGCAGCAGCAGCAGCAGCAGCAGCCGCAGCAGCUGAGCCUGGCGUCGCUCAGUAACUUGGUGCCGGUGGGCCACAUACCUCAGGGCGCCGCGCUGACAGUCAACACGAACCCCAACGUCAACAUCAAGUCCGAACCCAUCUCUCCAAACCGUGACCGCAGCACUCCCAGCUCCACCAGCGCCGCCGGGGGAGGCGGAGGCGGAGGGGGCCAGGGUCAAGUCCAGGGACAAGGUCUGGUGUCGGUCGCCUAUCCUGGCACCCUGCGCCUGGAAGCGGGCGGUCAAGGUCGCUCGCCCGUCGACAGCCUCAGUAGCAAUGGCAGCUCGUACGAGGGCAGCGACCGGGACGACGGCAUCCAGGGUCGAGCCGUGGGUCCGGAGUUCCACCACCAGGCUGGCGCCGGGGCCCAGCAGCCCACCAUGGUCCUCCUGCGGCCCUCUUCAGCCGAGCCCCAGGAGCAGGACGGGACCAACGUCAAGAGAAUGAGACUGGAUACCUGGGUCACAUAAAGAGAUGGCCAGAGAGGGACGGAUGGACAGAUGGAGGAUGGAGAUGUGUACUUGUGGCUUGUGUACAUGCCCCCACCGGCCCCGACGCCCCCAGUCUCCCUCCCUGUGCAUUCACACACACACACACACACACACACACACACACACACACAGACACACACACACACACACAGACACACACACAUUAUACCCGCCUUCGACCCCGUAACCGACUGUCCACACAGGAAACGCUGACCUCACAUACAUACACACACACACAACACAAGCAUGCUGACACACUCUCGUGUUGCACGUGUGGACACUGACACACACUUGUACGGCAAUGUGCAUACACAUUUGAACUCUAAUGUACUUUCACUCACACAUGCAAAACCCUGAGGGAUUCAUCCAUCAAACCAGGGAUUCUUUUGUCAAAAUAAUUACAACGAUGGACUUUAUUCAGCUGUAUUGGAAUAGAAGCAAAUGAGUUUUCAAUCAGGCCACGGUGGCAGGUAGAAACCCCAAAUUCGGCCACUUGGACUUUUUCACCUGACAUGCUGACGGUCGCUGGCAGAGCAGACAGACCUACCAGCCUUGGCUUGGUGGUGUUCUCCCACCCUCGUGUCCUAACUGUCUGUUUAGCCACAGUAGGUUUGGUCAAACACAAGAGCACCGCAUCAAGCCAGUGCCACGAAACGAGUCCACUUCUUUGUACACGUCGGCCCGACCACGCUUGUAUUGCUGUCGCUCUAGAUUCUUGUUUCUUUUCUACGAGCCUGGGCCGUCUAGCUCUUUUUAAAGCGUGGAGUUUUGUCCUUCUGUCUUGACUGUUGAUCUUUAGAGUUUGGAUUUGUUUUCGGUUUUGAGUAUGAAGACACUAAAAGCGAAACUCGCCUCCCUCCCCGAUCCGAGCUGGCGAUCCCGCCGACAGGCCGGCACUUUGGCCCCGUACGGGACUGACACGCCACGCCCCAGGUUUUAAUUUAAUCUGAACCGUGCAGACUAGCUGUAAAACGAGGAACACGAUUUGUUGCCGAGGUAAAAGACUGCUUUUCUUUGAAUCAGGGACGAGCUGCAACAGCUCAACGACACAUGACGCAGAUUCUCCUAGUUUUGCCCACAUCGUGUCAACUACAGAUGCUGAGAACAGUGUGUGUGUGUGUGUGUGUGUGUGUGUGUGUGUGUGUGUGUGUGUGUGU